AUGCAAUCAUCUAUCUAUCUAUCUAUCUAUCUAUCUAUCUAUCUAUCUAUCUAUCUAUCUAUCUAUAUAUAUAUAUAUAUGCGCAUAUAUUUGAACUCUAUCUAUCUAUCUAUCUAUCUAUCUAUCUAUCUAUCUAUCUAUCUAUCUAUCUUUGUUUUUGAGGAUUUCACUCUAUUUUACACUUGUCUUCUCGUGAAUGUAACAAACUCGACUGGAAUUCGAACUCGGCUCUCCGAUUACUCUAUCUAUCUAUCUAUCUAUCUAUCUAUCUAUCUAUCUAUCUAUCUAUCUAAAUCAUCGUGCUUGGAAGAUGUUCUAUCUAUCUCAUUCUGUUACUAUCGAUCUCAUUCUGUUACUAUCUAUCUAUCUAUCUAUCUAUCUAUCUAUCUAUCUAUCUAUCUAUCUCAUUCUGUUACUAUCGAUCUCAUUCUGUUACUAUCUAUCUAUCUGAAUGCGCAGCCUUUCGAGCAGACCUUUUCGAUUAUCUUUCUUAAUUCUGUUCUUUCUUUCUUUCUUUCUUUUUUUUUUUUUCUCUUUUUUAUCUUUCUUUUAUUCUCUCAUUCUUGUUCUUUCUUAAUUUCUUUCUUUUAUUUUCUUUCUUUAUUUCGUAAUUUCUUUAAAAAUCCUCUUUCCUUCACCUUGUUCUUUCUUUCUUUCUUUCUUUUGUUUAUUAAUGGAUUUCUUCUUUCCUUUUUGCCAAACAAUAAACCUUACUUUUAUUUGGUCGCUCGUUUUCCUCGCCGUAUCAUUCCGUGA